UUAGAGACGACAGUUGUCAUGCACUAAGGAUACCAAACGCCUUCUGCGAGUUUUUCUUGACUGGUUAUAUUCCUUUUCGUUUAAAGCAUGGCCGAUACGAUAUCUGGGAAGCUGAUCGCCGAGAGACAAGCCAAUACCUCUCUACGCAGCUACUGGCAUCGGCUAGAAGAGAUAAUGCGGGGAAGCGAUCAUCGACUAUACACAAUAUCUAAAGUUACCGCUUUCAUUUCUAGCCUCCUACGUUUAUUGGUAGCGUUGUUGCGAUACGUGGUAUCACCCUCGCACCGUGACAAACGUGUGAAUACGGCUAAUUCUUCGCCAAAGUAGAAAUGUGAGGUUCAUGAUAAAAUGGUAGGGAUAGAAUUACGAUAUUCGUGUCGCGAGUCGUACCAUUUUUGCCCCUCUAGAUUACCUUCGGUGCUCGUUUAAACGUUCAAGGAAGUCAUGUGGACAUAUUCCUUAAAGGUGCGAUCUGUUGAUGCCUCACGCGGGAAAGAAAUCUAAAAUCCAUUUAGUAUUCCUUGUUCUGUAAAAAAUGUCCUACAUGCUGUGUCUUUUCAUUCAAUCUACCCUCUCACAUUGUGGAAAUGCAAAAUAGAUAACUAAUAACAAUCGCGUUUCUCCAAGUGAAGUUGCAUUCCCAUAGGUUCGACGAAAGUCAUUUAUAAAAAAAAGAAAGGAAGGAGCACAAUCUGAGGAAAUGGUCCUUUUAAUUUCGAAAAUGCGAUGCCUUGUCGCGUGCGUUUUCGCUAUUCUCGUUCUCUCCGGGCUGUUAAUCCUUGGAAGGCCUAUAAAACUUCCAGACGUUUGGCAGGGCAUGCCACUCGUCCUAAACUUCACAAACUACUCCACCUCAGUGGCUCAGCACAGUUGGGCAUCGGUCUCCCGCGUAUCAACGCGUGCGGCAGACCUGAUCGCCGCAGCACAGGCAUCGGCGCCACCUAUCCUGAUACAGUCGGUGCGAGACUUUUUAACCGGCGCGGUGUUGGCGGUGAGUCUAGGGAAGACCCUUUCGGUUGCAGCUUCAGGUUAUGUACCUGAUUGCAUCCAUACUCAGGAAGAGGCCGUGCGGUUAUACACCACAAGUAAGUUCUGGAUUGCCUUGGGCGGCAGUUGCUGCGAACUUAUCCUUAUAAGAUUCUUGCUUAAAGAAGGAUAUAGAAACCGCCGUCAGAAUCUUCUUGUGCGCUGGUUCAACUCACCGUUAGGCUGGGUGUUCUUGGUCUUGCUAAUGGCCAUACCCAACGGUGUCCUUCCGAUUAGUGUUCUUCUUGUGUGUGCAUGCAAGCUUCCCGAUUUAGUCUAUGUCCCGGCGAUUUUAAUCAGCAACUUUAUGAAGCCUUACAUUGUGGCGGCUAUGCGAAACUCUCCAAGAUUGGGUUUGACCAAGGACGUAUGCACUACUUUGCAUAAUCUCUUAAUUCAACAUCAACCACAAGAAGGAAGCCUAAGUUAUAUUCCAACUAUUGCAGAACUGAUUUUAGAAGGAAUUGUCCUCUUCGCCGUGCGAUUUGCUCUGGCCGCACGCAACAUGCCCGAUGAAGAUGACGACUUACCUAUCUCUACAGCCCCUCUUGAAAAGAGUCCUGCCAAAGGCUUUCCAACCGUGCAGCAGAAGAAGAAGUCCAGGAAAUCGUAAAGGAGCUGACUUGCUUGAUUUCCACUCUAACAUUAUAUAUAUAUAUAUAUAUGUAUGUAUAUAUAGGUUUGUAUUUAUCGCUCAUCGCUACCUUUUUCAAGGAAAUAUUUUUAGUUGCAUAACACACAUGCAUACAUAAGGGGGCAAAGUGCGAAAAUAGAUGUCUUUGGAGAGAAAAAGAACGGACGAGAGUGAAAAUUUUUUAUUACUAAUACCUUUAUUUCAGCUUUGAAAACUAAGUGCGUAUAUCGAUAUGCACCACUCCUUUGUGUUGCAUAUACGCGCGCAGGAUGGGAAAUAAAUGUCGGAAGGAGGUAAUAGAGUUUGUAGGGGAAUAAUGGCUGUACAGGAUCAAUAGAGGAGAAUAUUAUCUCCAACUUUCGUACACCAAUUUCUAUAUACUAAACAAAAUCACAUAGAUGUAAUAUUAUACAGGGUCACUCAGACUCUUUAUAUGAUUAGAGAU